AUGCCCCCUCUCUUCCCGGGGAGGCACCAGGGGGCCCCCCGGCCUGGGGGCCCCCCCUCCUCUGGGGGCCCCCCAACCACAAGCGGGGGGGGCCCCCUCGCUGCUGCUGCUGUGGGCUGCGCAGCGGAGGCCCUCGUGCAUGUGGGGCCCCUCCACAAGCCCCCCCUCGCUGCUGCUGCUGUGGGCUGCGCAGCGGAGGCCCUCGUGCAUGUGGGGCCCCUCCACAAGCUUUGGCUGUCUCCUCCAUCGCGGGCCUUUGUUGACAGCACUGCGCCGCCCGCUGAGCCGCCAGCCAAUAGCUUCGAGUCUCAGUUUGACUCUGACUCCUUUAAGGCCCUAAAGGAGACAUUCGCUGCUCACCUGCCGCCCCCAGACCCUUCGGGGGGCCCCCCAGGGUCGGGGGGCCCCCCAGGGUCCGGGGGCCCCCAAGGGUCAGGGGGCCCCCCAGGGUCCGGGGGCCCCCCGGGGUUCAGGGGCCCCUUUUUAAAGGUGUUGGGUACUGGCUCUGCGUCUCCUUCUCACUACCGCAAUGUCUCGGGUUCUAUUCUCGCUUUAACUCCUACCUUAAGCAUAGUGCUUGACUUUGGUGAGGGGUCUCUCUCGCAGCUGCGGGCCGCCACGGAGACAGAGGAAGAGUUCGUUCAGCUGCUGCUCUCUGUACACCACGCUGACCACCACCUGGGGGUGUUGACGCUGCUGCAGACGCGGGCGGUUCUAUGGCCCGAAGCAAAGCCCCCCAUCCUUAUAGCCCCUGCACGCCUGCAGGAGUGGUUUGAGUUUGUGUGUAUGGAGAUGGCGGCGAUGCCGCAUAUAUUUGUUUGCUGCGAGGCGCUGACAGCAGAACUAGAGGAGACCUUCUGUCCCCUUCAUCUUCCUGCUGCUGCUGCUGCAGCAUGGACGGGAGAGGCAGAGACACUGCAGCUCAGGACUGUUGCAGUGGACCACAUCCCUGACUCUUUUGGUGUUCGUGUUGAUUUUGGUGGGGUUGCUGUUGUUUACUCAGGAGACACUCGCCCCUGUCCCCAGCUCUUUGCUCUCGCAAACAAAUGCACUCUUCUCUUUCAUGAGGUAGCAGCGACAACAGGAGCAGCAGCAGCAGUAGCAGCAGCAGUAGCAGCAGUAACAGCAGCAGCGGUAGGAGGAGCAGCAACUACAGUAGAAGCAGCAACUGCAGCAGCAACAGCAGCAGCAGCAGCAGCAGCAGCAGCAGCAGCGGCAGUACCAAGAGCAUGA